AUGGAGAGGGAGGAGCGAACCAUCCGGGAUCGGACCCUCCUGGAGGUGAGGGACUCAGAUCACCCCAUCCAGUGGAAGGUCAAGUUCAUCCUGGGCAACAGUAGUAGGCAGAUCUCACAGUGCAGAAACUCUAUUCAGGGAAAGAGCCUUCUCACUGAUGAACUGGGUUAUGUGUGUGAGAGGAAGGAUUUACUGGUGAAUGGAUGUUGUAACGUUAAUGCUCCCAGCUCAAGCCAGUAUGUCUGUAAAAGCUGUCUGGCCAAUGGCUGCUGUAGCGUCUAUGAGUACUGCGUUUCCUGCUGCCUUCAGCCUGAUAAGCAACCUCUUUUGGAGCGUUUUCUAAACCGAGCCGCAGAAGGGUUCCAGAACCUCUUCACUGCGGUGGAAGAUCAUUUUGAGUUAUGUCUUGCCAAGUGUCGUACUUCCUCACAGAGCGUCCAACAUGAAAACACCUACAGGAACCCACAGGCGAAGUACUGCUACGGCGAGAGUCCACCAGAACUGCUGCCCAUAUGA